UUCCGCUUUAGUACUGUACAUAACAGAAGUACAAGAAAGUGAAAGUAUCUAUGUUAGGCUAUGGAACGAUCUUAGUUGAAUGGAUAUAGCUAAUGAACAGGGGUUUAACACUGUUGUUGAUGGGUCCUUUCGUGAGGCUAUGAUGUCUACUACUCCUGUUCCUGAAUCAUGUAACCAUGUGUUGGCAGAGUUUGACUCCAUGGACCCUCUGCUUUCAGCAAUUAGGCUGGACUCCAUCAGGUUAAAGUGUACUUGCAUUUCUGUUUCUCGGAAGUGGCUGGCACUUGGUAGUUCUGCUGGAGGACUUCAUCUCAUCCAGAAAGAUGGUUGGAAACAGAGACUCAUUCUCACACAUAAGGAAGGUGCCAUUUCUCGGGUUGCAUGCUGUCCACACGAUGAAGAUUAUGUUGCUGUAGCUACCAGUCAGGGCUUUGUAGUUGUUUGGGAACUGAAUCAGGAACGUCGAGGGAAGCCUGAGCGGGUGUAUGUUUCAUCUGAGCACAAAGGAAAGCAAGUGACUGCCAUGUGCUGGGACACAGCCAUUCUACGUAUUUUUGUUGGUGACGAUAUUGGAAAGGUGUCUGCGAUAAAGAUCAACUCUUCCAAGCAAGGAAAGGCAGUUGCAUUUGUGAUGUUCCCUGUUCAGUUGAUUACAACUGUUGAUAGCAGAGUUGUCCAGCUUGAUUACUUGGAUGGUAAACUACUUGUGUCCUCAUUCACACGCUGCUAUCUAUGUGACACUGAAAGAGAGAAAUUUUGGAAAAUUGGAAACAAAGAAAGAGAAGGAGACUAUGGAGCCUGUUUCUUUCCAAUAAAGAGUCAGCAACCAUUGAUAUACUGUGCACGCCCAGGUUCGAGAAUGUGGGAAGUGAACUUUGAAGGAAAAGUGCUAAGCACACAUCAGUUCAAACAUCUUCUUUCUUCACCACCUCUUCCUCUAAUAAGCCACAGGUUUGAUCCAACAUAUGAUCCCAGAGGUGGUUCUUCACAGUCCAUACCUUUCCCAAAACUGCUUUUUAUAAAGGAUCAGCAUGUCAUAACAUGGACUGAAAGAGGAAUCUUCAUAUUUAUUCCUCAGAAUGUUCAAGUCCUACUGUGGUGUGAAGUGAAAGAUGUUUUAGAUAUUGCUGUCAGCAAACAUGAGUUAUUCUGCCUUCACGUGGAUGGAAGGAUUUCUCAUUUUUACCUAUUACCAGCAGAACGUUGUGUGGAACGUCUUAUGAGGAGAGAAAUGUGGGGCUUAGCAGCUACAGUGUGCCAUCUUUUUAAUCAUUCCAUUGUUUCCAGUAGGGCUCGAAAGACUUUGCCCGUAGACAAACUUGAACACUUGAAAGGGCAGCUGGACAUUUCAACCCAGCAGGAUCUGAUAAGUCAACUAGAAGACAUUGUCUCAAAACUGGAGCCUUUAGAGUCCGCCUGUAGCAGCAGAAGAAGCAGUAUUUCAUCUCAUGAAAGUUUUAAUAUCUUAGACUGUGGCAUUUACCGGGUUAUUAGUCGGAGAGGCAGUCAUUCUGAUGAAGACUCAUCUUCUCUAUAUAGUCAGACACUGUCAGAAGAUGAUAGACUGAAAGAAUUUUCCAUGACUCAAGAAGAGGAGCAAGCAGAAAUGGAUAACAUGUCUCAUGCUUCAAUGAAUACUGAUGUUGACCGGAAUGAGACUCUCCUGCCAUUCCAUAUCUCAUUGCCAUUCCGUCCUGCAUCACCUCGAGUCUCUCUCCAAGCUGUUAGAGAAAGUGUUACCAAGUUUGUGCGCAAAACAACAGAAAAGAUUGGAAAUCUUCAUAUGUCUUCUGAUCUUAAACAAGACUCAGAGCUGAAAGAUGAAGACCAGCAGUGUGAAGUAGCUAUCAUCACUUCCUCCUAUGUAGAAGAGACUGAAGUUGACAGAACAGAUAGUUACAGUGGACUUACGGAAACAGAUCCUUUGCAGGAACUGAGAGAAGCAACAGCAGCUGCAAUUGCCCAGCUACAGGACUCUUGUAUUGUAUUUGAAGUGGACUGUUUGAAGAAGGUUCUCCAGAAAUGGCUUCCAAAUUUGGAAACUGCCUUCAACAUCAAGAGAGAAGUCAGCAGUUUAAAUAAUUUAAGCACAUCCCUGAGCAUGCAUUCUUCUGAUGAACCUGAAGAAGAAAAUUCAGAAGAAGCUUUGCUAAAAAAUAAUGAGAUCCAAACAGUUAAUGACAUAGAUUCAUGUGAGGAAGGUGAAAGACUAUUGCUCAAUCAAAAUGCUAAUGUGGAAGAGACUAGAGAGCAUGUAUUCCGUAUUCAUCCUCCUUGCCUCAUACCUGCAGACAUUUCAAAAGAUGUAAUGGAUUUGACGACUCUCUGUUUUGAGUUAAAUGUGUUUGCUGCUGGAGAAGGCAUCAGUGAAGGUACCUCAGAGUCCUUGCCCAUGGAAACUUUAAGUAGCCUGGCUUGCCAUUUCAUGGAAGAUUACUUUUUCCUGCUGGACUUGAAGAGAUUAAAGCACUCCAUAAUUACUUGCUAUCCAAAUUGUCUUGUUGUGUGGGACACAUACAUUCAGGGACUGAAAGAAAUGACUCAAUCACACCCAGUGACUUCAGUUAUAGAGGAUGGAGAGCUAAAGAAUGUGAUGAAAGUACUAAAAGGAAUUCAGUCCUGGGAUAGUCCUCUGGUUUUAGCACAUAUUGUAAGAUUUUAUGAAAAAUAUGGUGAAUCUGCCCUGAGAGCCAUAGUCCCGUUUUAUCCUUCCAUUGUUCCUUCUGAUGUUAAGCAGCUCUGCAGAGAAAACCCAGCACAUUUUGUGGCCUACCUAGACAGGCUAGUCAAGUCAAAGCCUGAGAAUGAAAGGUUGCCUUUACUUAGCUCUUUGCUUCAGCCUGAAACUUUAAGACUGGAGUGGUUACAACUUGCUGUUUCUCUUGAUGCACCACAUAAGGACAGUUGUGUAGAUGCUGAAGGGAAGCCAAGAGCGCAUUCACAUUUGUUUACCUGGGGAUAUGCUCACCUAAUUUCUUUGCUGAUUAAGCUGCCAGGCGAUUCUGCAACAACAGAGAAAAUGGCAGACAUCUGUAGAUGCCAUGGGUUCUGGUUGGGAUACCUUUCUCUGUGCCUGGCACUAGAACAAAGGGAAGAAGCUUUUACCACAGUUGUUUACUUAGAUGACAUGAGCCUUCUAAAUGAUCAAAAAGGUUUAAUUCCUGCUACGCUUGAUGAGUGGAAGUUUCUUCUACAACUUGCCCAUAACUGUAACAGUGAGUCACAUCACCAUGAAGAACACAAUGGUAGUGACACUGUUAAUGGUAGCUUGGAUUGUUCAAACUGUGUUUCUGUGGAAAAUCUAGUUCUCUUGUUGGCCAAAAUGAUUGGCCCAGACAGUGCAAUGAUGCUUGUGCAGGACUGUGGCCUAACUACAGAGUUCACUGAAAGAUUCACUGCUGUGUGCAAUAUAUUAAAAAUUGCUGAAAAAAGACAAAGAGCCCUGAUACAAUCUAUGCUAGAAAAGUGUGAUCGAUUUCUGUGGUCACAGCAAGCAUAAUAAAAAAUAAUUUACCAAGGAACAAAUUUGAAGAGCAACAGUAUAAAUCUGAAGACUCAGUCAAGUUUUUUUUUAAAACUGGUAUCUUCUGUGUGUCAGAAAACUUAAUUGCACUGUAUUUAGAAAACAGAAUUUGGAAGACUUGAGUAAUUAUAUGGACAGUUAUUUAUGUUGCAAGUUAUUCCAAAUAUAACAUAAUUAUGUAUUACUUUUAUUAAUACUAACCAUCUGGUCACUAAAACAUGUAUCUAAACAUUAUACACGUCUUUGAAGAGCAAUUGCAAAUGCAGAAACUGAGCAUCAUUAAAGACUUAGUAAUAGUAUCUGCCCUUAGCAGAUUUCUGAAUCUUGGAUCAUUCUUGACUGCAUGCACAUUUAGUUAUCUUUUUGUCAUUUCUGUAAAAAGGUUGUUAAUGGAAAAGAAUCAGUGACUAAAUAAGUAUCUGGAGGUUGUCUGCUUAUGUGAAACAACUGUGAAGGUUAAAAAUAUCAGUAUUAUUGCAAAUAAAGGGCUGAGAGCUCA